AUGGAGCUCUCCCUCGUCUCCGCGAGGCCCUUGCCCCGCCCCGCCGCCUCCCCGCUCCUCUUCGCCCCGCUCAAACCAUUGCCCCUCCUCCGCUUCCCGCCACGGAAGCGCACCGCCUUCGCCCGCCUCCGAAGCCGGCGGUCUCGCCGUGUGGCGGCCUCGGGGGAGGGGGAGGGCGACGCCGCGGACCGGGACGAGGAGGUGUUCGGCAGCCGGAGUGGGCAGGUGUUCGGAGGGCGGAGGGAGCUCACCGGCGUGCAGCCGCUCGUGGAGGCGCUGCCGCCGGUGGCACGGACGGCGGCGGAGCUCGCGGUCUCCGCCGCGGCGUUGGCGGCGGGCUACGGCAUCGGGCUCCGCGCCGGCGGCGGCAACCGGGCCGCGGCGUUCGCGGGCGCGGCCGUGCUUGGUGGGGCCAGCGUCGCGGCUGCCGUCGCGGUGAACUCUGUAGUGCCGGAGGUCGCCGCUGUCGGAUUGCACAACUACGUCGCCGGCCAUGACGACCCCACCAAGCUGGAGGCCAGCGAGGUGGAGGCCAUCGCGAACAAAUAUGGAGUUAGUACACAAGAUGCAGCCUUCAAAACAGAGCUCUGUGACUUGUAUGGCAGCUUUCUUUACUCGGUACUUCCUCCAGGAGAUGAAGAUCUCAAAGGUGAUGAAGUUGAGGUCAUUGCAAAAUUUAAAAGAGGCCUUGGACUUGAUGAUGUAGAUGCUGCAAAUAUGCACAUGGAGAUUGGUAGACGCUUAUACAGAGAGAGGUUGGAAACAAGGGACCGUGAUGCUGACAUUGAACAGCGGCGGGCAUUUCAAAAGCUGAUAUAUGUGUCAAAUCUUGUCUUUGGAGACGCAUCAGCCUUCCUACUUCCAUGGAAACGUCUUUUCGGCAUCACUGAUUCUCAGAUCGACAUUGCUAUGCGGGACAAUGCCAAAAAUUUGUACGCGAUACAGCUCAAGUCUAUUGGUAGAGGUACCGCUGAAAGUCUGGACAUAGGCACUCUCAUUGAAGUAAGGAGAGCCCAACUUGCGUGUAAACUUUCUGAUGAGAUUGCUGCUGACAUGUUCAGGGAACAUGCGAAGAAGUUGAUUCAAGAAAACAUUUCAUCAGCUUUAGACAUCUUGAAGUCGCGUAACAAAGCCACGAAUAGCCCAACACAGGUUAUUGAAGAAGUAAAGUGUGUCCUUGCAUUUAAUAGCCUGCUAACUGUACUGAGCAAGCACCCUCAAGGCGAUCGAUUUGCACGUGGGCUUGGACCUAUUUCAUUAGCGGGAGAGCUUGAUCAUGAUAGGAGGGCUGGUGAUCUAAAGACACUCUAUAGGGCCUAUGCAACAGAUGUACUUUCAGAUGGACCUGUUGAUAAUGAGAAGCUUACUCCUUUGAAUGAUCUGAGAAAUAUAUUUGGACUGGGGAAGCGUGAAGCAGAAGCAAUCAUCUCAGAUGUCAAAUCUCAAGCAUACAGAAAGAGACUUGCAAAAUCCUUUAACACUGAUUUGGCUGCAGCUCCUAGCAAAGCAUCGUUCCUCCAAAAUCUGUGCGAAGAGCUACAGUUUGAUCCCGAACUUGCUAGCAAGAUGCAUGAAGACAUUUACAGACAGAAGCUUCAGCAGUUUGUAGCUGACGGAGAGCUGAGCAAGGAUGAAACAGAAGCUUUGACGGCAUUCCAAGUGCGUCUCUGCAUUCCUCAAGAAACUGUUGAUGCUGCUCAUACUGGCAUCUGCGGUCAAUUGUUUGAAAAGGUUGUCAAGGAAGCAAUUUUGUCAGUUGAUGGAUACAACGCUGAUAGACGAGAGGCAGUUAGGAAAGCAGCACAGAGUCUAAACUUGAAAAAGGAGGCUGCUAUGACCAUCUUUAGUAAAGCAGUACGGAAAUUAUUCCUGAACUACAUUCAGAAAGCAAAAGCAGCUGGGAAUCGCAUUGAACAGGCAAAAGAGUUGAAGAAGUUAAUUUCCUUCAACACAGUUGUUGUAAGUGAGCUUCUGGCUGACAUUAAAGGGGAGCUAACAACUGCUGAACCUGCAACAUCAAGUGCGACCUCAGAAUCUGAAACGACUGAAUCUGAGGGAGAGGAUGAGGACUAUGAAUGGGAAUCACUAGAAACAUUGAAGAAGACAAGGCCUGAUAAAGAGCUAAAAGAAAAGCUGGGCAAGUCAAGUCAGAAAGAGAUAACCCUCAAGGAUGAUCUUCCAUUGAGAGAUAGAGCUGAGCUGUAUCAAACAUAUUUGAUGUUCUGUAUCACUGGUGAGACUACUAAUGUUUCAUUCGGGACAGCAAUCUCCUCGAAGAAAGACGAUUCAGAGUAUUUAAUGCUAAAGCAAUUGGGACGCAUACUUGGUUUAACCGCCAAAGAAGCUCAAGAUGUCCACAUUAAGCUGGCAGAAAAAGCAUUUGUGCAACAGGCUGAAGUGGUUCUAGCUGAUGGGAAGUUGACAGAAUCCAAGGCUGACCAGCUUGCAACGAUACAAACGCAGGUUGGUUUGCCAUCUGAGCAUGCACAGAAAAUCAUUAAGAGCAUCACAACGACAAAGUUGUCUAGUGCAAUUGAAGCAUCUAUAUCGCGAGGACAGAUUGGUAUACAGCAGGUCCGAGGAUUGAAAGACGCAAAUUUCGAGCUGGACAGCUUGAUUUCAGAACCGUUGCGAGAAACCAUUUACAAAAAGUGUGCUGAGGAGAUAUUCUCAUCAGGCACAGGUGAAUUUGAUGAAGAGGAAGUGUAUGUAAAGAUGCCAGCUGAUCUUAUCAUAAGUGCUGAGAAGGCCAGGUCGAUUGUUCAGGACAUUGCGAAGGUUAGGUUGGAGAACGCCCUUGUCCAGGCUGUUGCUUUGCUUCGGCAGAAGAAGAGAGAUGGUGUGAUUUCAUCACUGAACGACCUGCUCGCAUGUGAUGCUGCCGUGCCUGCUUCGAAGCCUUUGUCAUGGCCCACUCCACGAGAGCUUGACGACCUGUACUGUGUGUACAUGAAGAGCAUUCCGAAGCAGGAUAAGUUGUCAAGGUUGCAGUAUUUACUCGACAUCAGUGCCGAGAAGGCUGAGGACCUUCGGGAUGCGGCGACGGCAGGCACGUUGCCUCAAACAGGCCAAGAGGAAGAAGAGUUGGCGUUCUAG